CCUGCAAAAAGUUCAUAGUAUCAUCACUCUCACUCUCAUGCGGCCAUUGCCAUCAACUUUUUUCAUUCUCUUUCUUUUCUUCAAUCUUUCUAGGAAAAAAGAACACAGGGUUUUCUAAUAGCAUCCGAGGAUUCAGAUAAUGAAAAAGAUCAAAAUCCCACAAUUUAUUCUCUCUGUUUACAGUGUUCUUCUGGUUCAGUUGGUGAAUCAUGGAAGCUGCGAUUUGGGCUCCAUUCACGUUGGCCACAAGUUAAGCCUUGCGGUUCCGUCGUUGUACAUCGACGGGUUCGUCGGCAGAGCGUUCUUGAUGGACGAUGGCGAUCGAGUGGAACCAUAUUUUAGAGUUGCAUUGAGCGCUGAAGCUAGCAAAGGGAAAUACUCAUGCUCCUUGGAAGUGUUCUUGGGAGAUAUCGAAGUAUGGAAUUCUGGGCAUUAUUCCCAGUUUUACACCGCUGAUUCAUGUGUUCUUGAGCUCAGCCAAGAUGGUGAUUUGCGGUUGAUGGGUCCUAAAAGUCGAGUCGGGUGGCGGACCGGAACAUUUGGACAAGGUGUGGAGAUGUUACAAAUCCUAAAGACUGGUAAUCUAGUUCUCGUGGAUGGUUUGAACCAGAUAAAAUGGCAGAGUUUCAAUUUCCCAACUAAUGUAAUCCUCUGGGGACAAAGACUAGAUGUAUCCACUCGGUUAACUUCUUUCCCAAGAAACUCAUCUUCCUCGUACACAUUUGAAAUCCAACACAACAAGAUUGCUCUCUACCUCAAUUCUGGUAAGUUUAAGUACUCUUACUGGGAAUUUAAGCCUCCCAAGAACCAAAACGUCUCGUUUGUUGAAUUGGGUUCGAAAGGGUUAGUGUUAUUCGAUGAUGAACGUUACCAAAUCGCACAGAUUCCGUCACGGAGAUCGAUUCGGUCCCCGAGCUUGAGGCUUUUAGCACUGGGGAAUGAGACAGGGAACUUAGGACUCUACUUUUACUCACCUAAAACAAAACAAUUUGAAGCCUCAUUUCAAGCUAUCAACUCCACUUGUGACCUUCCUUUAGCUUGUAAACCUUAUGGGAUAUGUACAUCCCAUGCUUGGUCCUGCAUUCAGCUUACAACGAAGGAAAAAGACAUGGAUUCGAGUUCGACACGGUUCUGCAACGGAGCUCGAGUCGAGAUGCUCGAAUUAAACGGUGUAAAUACAAUUCUCAAAGAUGCUCCCAAAAGGGUUAUUGUCAGCAAGACAGCUUGUGCUAAUUUGUGCCUUGAUGACUGUAAAUGUGUUGCUGCAUUGUAUUCAUCCGAUAACAGGUCCGAAAACUUUCGAGAAUGCUCGCUUUACGAGCUCGUUGCGGGGAUUAAACAGGUUGAAUCGGGGACCGGAGUGAGUUAUAUGAUCAAGGUUCCGAAAGGAACGCGGUACGAUCAUAGUGUGAGGACAUGGGUGUUGAUUGUGGUGGGAGUUGUUGAUGGUUUAGUCAUCAUACUGAUUCUGGGAGGGAUUUCUUAUUAUUUGAUUCAGAAAAGAAGAAAGUUACUAGGCACUAACAAUAACAAUACUUGACAUCAGGUGAUUGCUGAAAAUUUUUCAUUGGAAACUCCAAAAUACAGUGUAAUUC